GAUCAAUUUGACAAUAUAGAGAAGCACACACAGUGGGGAAUCGACUUCUUAGAAAGAUAUACAAAAUUUGUGAAAGAGAGGUUAGACAUAGAGCAGAGCUACGCAAAACAAUUAAGGAACCUUGUUAAGAAAUAUGGUCCCAAACGUUCAAGUAAAGAUGAAGAACCCAGAUUUACCUACUGUCAAUCUUUCUUUCAAGUUCUUAAUGAACUCAAUGACUAUGCAGGCCAACGCGAAGUUGUUGCAGAAGAAAUAGGCCACAGAGUCUAUGGAGAACUCAUGAGAUACGCUCAUGAACUGAAAAUGGAAAGGAAAGCUCACCUGCAAGAAGGACGUAAAGCCCAGCAGUACCUUGACACAUCCUGGAAACAGAUGGAUAAUAGUAAAAAGAAGUUUGAGAGAGAAUGCAAAGAGACUGAGAAGGCGCAACUGUGUUACGAGAGACUAGAUUCUGACCAUAAUGCAACAAAAGCAGAUGUUGAAAAGGCAAAACAACAAUUAAAUCUUCGAACCCACAUGGCCGAUGAAUGCAAAAAUGAAUAUGCUGCGCAACUGCAAAACUUCAAUAGUGAACAGCAGAAGCAUUUCCAGUUCAUCAUGCCUCAGAUUUUUAAGAAUCUACAAGACAUGGAUGAGCGAAGAAUUGUCAAAUUAAGUGAAUGUUACAGGGGAUUUGCAGAAGCUGAGCGUAGAGUUGUUCCAAUUAUCAAUAAAUGUUUAGAGGGAAUGAUCAGCGCUGCAAAGUCUGUGGAUGAUCGCAAAGACUCUCUGAUAGUGGUGGAAUCCUUUAAAUCAGGUUUUGAACCUCCUGGAGACUUUCCAUUUGAAGACUUCAGCCAGAAUAUUUAUAGGACAGUAUCUGAUGGUAGUCUGAGUGCACAAAGACAAGAGAUGAGGGGGGACCAGAAGUACACAAUAGGAAAAAGCAAAGGAAAGCUUUGGCCUUUUGGCAAAAAAAGCAAGGUAAUGUUGAGUUUUUUUUUUGGAACAAACAAUUU